AGGUAAACCACGGUGAAAAUAUUUUCAAUGCAUAUAUAGACAUUAGUCAUAUCACUUGAAUCAUCCAUUUUAAUUGUAUUACGACGAUGAAACGCACAGUUUACUUUAGAUAACAAAGGAUUGCUACGCUCUGGUAAAGGCUAUGUAUAAUAUUAGUUAGGCGAAGGAAGAGCUGACGUGAUUUUGUGGCAGAGGGAAUUUUAUAAAUUCUAUAAAAUUAAACUGCUUUAAACUGGUUUAACUUUAAAUGGUUUAAAAAUUAACAGAAGAGUAAUAUUCAAUAAUAUUCAAGGCUUGGUGGAAGGCGGAACUCGGUGAUAUGAGGAAUUCCUUUUUACUUAGAUUUUUCUUAAAAAUUUAAACUUGGAACACAAAUGACACUGUUUUCUAUCAUGAUGAAUGUGAUUAUAACUAAGUGACUCUCGAGGAAACAUUAUUAUUCAGUUACCUGUUCGUUUACUGGUUAGGAACUACGAACGUCAAGCUGUGAGACAAGGAGUUUGUCUCUGAUGAUAAGGGUCUAUAUAUUAUUCCAUAUCGGAAGGAAAUACAACGACGUCUAGUACAUAGACGGUUUUCCUUUAUAGGAGGCAUGACUUAGAUACAGAUGCAGAUACAGAUAUGGCCGACUUUUCUACACGAUUAUCCGGGCACUGUUUUAUCUUUAUUAUCAUUCUAACGGGCAAUGUAAACUUUGCACAUAGUUGCACGGGAAACAGCUAAAAGGUUUCUACUAAAUCCUUUGAAGCAAUGCUUAGAUUUGUAAAACUUGGGACAAUCACCUAAAUACGCACAUGUAUUAAAUAAUACUCUGGAUUUAAUGUAAACAUCAAAGAUGACGAAGAUCUGUCUCCUUAAAAGUAUGAUAGUUAAAAGCUCAGUUAAGGUAUCUGAUUAUGAAUUGUAGAAUGACUUAAUUGUUAGGAUAUAAACCAUUCUUUCCGAAACUAGAAACGGCCGUGGAUUAACGAUGGGAAAUAUAUUAAGAUGUUUUGCAGGACCGAGAACCAAUACUGAAAUAAAAAGUACAGAUAAAAGGAUUGAUGGCAUGACUGACAAAUUUGACGACCAUCUUCAAGAGGUUGAAAGACAGAAUUACUACACAAAAAAUAAUCUUGAAUUAUAUUUGAAUGAUGUAUAUGAACAGGAGUGUGUGAUGAAAGCAGAAAAAGAGGAAAUAGAGUUCAUUAAGAAAGGAAUAGAAACUCUUGUUCAGAGAAUAGUUCAUCUUGCACUUGAGGACUUUUCUGUAAAUAAAAAAAUUGAAAACCUUUUAUUAAACUAUAACAACAAAGAAGUAAAAGAGCUUCAAAAGUCUCUGGUCGAAGUUUAUUUCCCAAUAAAAUGUAGACUAAAAGAAAUUUCAGACGUGAAAACUUCAAAACGUUCCAUCAUUAAAGUCGGAAGCUUUUAUGAAGAAACGAAGAACUAUUUCCCAGACGAGUUUGACUUCAUUUUCCUACUUUUUAAUGCGAAACAGAAACCAGAUUUAGAUGUGGAUGUCAACACAGACGGCAUUGCACGUGCUGUUAUUCGAAGUGUAACUGAAAGUAACAAGGAGAAUUUAUGGUAUAUUUCUCAUAAUGAAAAUCGGCAAAAGAGAAGGCUACUUCGUUUUGAUGGAUAUGUGGAUGAACAUGGUCCAGCAUCUAUGUUACAAUUCAUUUACUCUAAUAACGUUUCAGGCAAAGAACGAUGUAUCUAUGUUGAUCUCGUUCCUGCUUACAUGAUAGAAGAAAGUAACCGGGAAUGGUAUGACGAGUAUGUAAAUGAACAUGUGAAACCCAGAUCAUUCCGAGAUGAAGUCCUGUCAGUUGGAAAGUGUUUAUAUGUGUCUGACAGAAUAACAUUUACUGAGACUGAGGUACAUUUUAUGAGGAAUGUUUUAUCAAAGAAACAUGUGAAAGUGUACAGGAUCUUGAAGUAUCUUAUUAAUGGACAUGGCGACGGAGAUAUCUAUGGACAAUAUCUAAAAGAACAAAUGGUAUUCAUUGCAUGCUAUUCAACAUACAAGAUAAAAACAAUGAUGAUAUAUCAUCAUGAUGAAUGCAUAAAUCCAGACACAGAAAAUGUAGGACCUUGUGUAUUACAGGUGCUAGAGAAUAUGGGUAAAUACGAUAACACUGACGAUUUUCCAAAAUUGUAUCAAUCUUUCUUUCUUGGUCUUCUCCCUGCUGAAAAGUUUUGUCUGUUGCCUAAUCUUUUAACACUAACACAAACAUUAAGAUCAUUGCAGAUAUCAAAAGAUAGCUAUAAAUAUAAGAAUACCAGAAUGAAGUCUGUAUUAAGACAACAUAUAGAUGCUUUAGACAGGAAUGAUUCAAGAAAUGUUACUUGGUUCAAAUAUUUGGAUACUUUAGGUGGAGAUGCCCCAAGUCAUGCUAGCUUGAUGGACUAUUUAACUGCUGAAAAGCUGAACAGGCUAACGAACAUCAGAAACGUCUAUAGAAAAACAAAAGCCUGCAAGAUCUUGUGACAAGCACAUUCGUGAUUUAGUUGUAACAAAAUAUUGUAAUGGGCUAAUAUAGUGCAAAACUCACCCUAUCAUCUCAAAAGGCAGAUGUUUUAUAAUAUUUGACAUUGAUA